AUGAAGGCAAGCUGUAAAUUUCGUGAAGAUAGAAUCCUGGAUGUUACUCCUAUUGCUCACUUCGAGAACACUCAUCAGAUCGCUUGUUUGUCGAAUUGCAUUAAGAUGGAAGGAUGCAAAUCGUUUAAUUUUGGACAAGGAAACUGUGAUUUGUUACCCGUAAAAGUCUGUGAUAAUGGAAUCGAAAGAGAAUUUAUUGAUAAAGAAGGGUUUAGCUACUAUGAUCUGUAUAACAAAGAUGAAGUGGAGAGCUCGUCUAAAACUUGGAAGACCGAAACUUGCACUGUUCAUGGAAAAUGUUUAGCCGAAUGUCCUCUAGUUACAACCACUACUCAGUCGACUACUACUUCCACAGCUACUAAGCCUGUAACUACUACUAAAAUUUCUACAACUACAGUAACCACACCAGUUACUACCACUACAACAGAGCUUCCUACCACAACAACCAAAUCUCCCACUUCAACAACAACAACUAUCAAGACUCCGACAACCACAACUACCAUUACCUCAACAACUACUAGUACAAGUGAAUCACCUACAAUGACUACUACUGUUGAACCUUCGACAACAACCACGACGACUAUUACUGAGCCUCCAACAACAACAACUACUACUGAACCUCCCACCACAACGACAACUACGGAGCCUCCCACUACAACGACAACUACGGAGCCUCCCACUACAACGACAACUACGGAGCCUCCCACCACAACGACAACUACGGAGCCUCCCACCACAACAACUACCGAGCCUCCCACCACAACGACAACUACGGAGCCUCCCACCACAACAACUACCGAGCUACGGAGCCUCCCACCA